CUUGCCAGUCGCCCAAAAUGGCUCAGCAGAUGAUACCAUAUCAAUCUGCCAGCUUGGGUGGUAGAGAAGUUACAUGUAUCUGGAAGACUCUUGGGCAGGGUCUCUUUCUCACGUGACAGUUCAAACCACGCAGACGUCUAUCGAGAAUAUCCCUGUAGAGCAGCAGAGCAAAGACGCCUGCAUGUAAGCCAUAAACAUCUCUCGGGCAGAUUCCAGCAUCAGCCGCUCGGCGGCAGCUUUGACUCCGCUACCUCUCUCCCUGCUUUCAAAAUUCCACCACAUGAUUGUCUCUGAGCUCAUCAAAGUAACUCCAUGGCCCUAGGAGAACGAAUCAACAGUUGGUGUGCGUAACAGACAUCUAAGACAGCAGGGAUGGUGGACGCGCUGCUUUGAGCUCAUCUGAGGUGAAUGUUUGCUACUUUGCAUGCAUGAUUUUGGCGCAAGCCUCGCAGCUUUGGGCGUCGUCGCUAUUGGAGCACCCGAACCGCUAAAGCGAGACUCGAAUCCUUCUCACCCUUUUACUUUUCUUUUCUCCCGCCUGUUCUAUCUUUGUUGCCUAUUUUCUUUUCUUUUCUUUGGAAUUUUUCAAGAUACGGAAUCCUCCACCAAUCCAAGCGCCACACAUGGCUCUCCUGCUGGAGCUAAAA